UACAACAAAAAUAUCGAAUCUUUCUAUCAUCCUCUCUCUGUCCAAUCUCUUAUUCACAAUCUUUCUGUUUUAAAGUUGACAUCUUUUUCACCCAAAUUACUCUCAUUUUUUUAUUCCGACAAUACACAAAAUUACAGCCAUAAUGCUGCUAAGAAGCUCUUCAACUCCAGUUCUUGGAUCUCUGCUUUCCCCAUUUUCAGACACCCUAAACAACAAUAUUAAAUCCCCGUAUCAUCAAAUUAGCUGUCUCAAUCUCUCCACUACUACAGUUAAUUCUUGCAGUUCUUCUCCUUCCAUUUCUGAAUCAUCUGACCAUUUUUCGCGUAAAGGCGGCAUCAUUCGAAGAGCUCAAUCUGAGAGCAACUUGGAUGGACUACUUGAUGAAGAUUGUCAACUUUCGAGUCAGCCCAAGAAAAUUUCAUUUUCUGGGAGACAAAAGUGUUUGAUGUUGGAAACUAUACCCUCUUUCUCUUGCUAUAACUUAAAGAAUCGGAUCGGAGAAGAAGAUUGCGAUGAAGACGAUGAUGGUGAUGACGAUGAUGGGAGUGAGUUUCAUAUGGAGGAGGAAGAGAGAGUUCAAAUGGUGGCAAACAGUGGUUUAAGUUUGAUGGAGAGAAAUUGGGAAGUGGGGUUUGAAGAGGAAAAGGGGUUUAUUAAUGAAGAGAUGUAUCUUGCUAGAGGGCUAGGGAUUGGUGGUGGUGGUGGUGGAGGAGGUGGUGGUGGUGGUGGUAGAGUUGGCAGCGGCGGUGGAGGUGGUGGAUUUCGUUGGGCUGCUGGAGAUGGUGGAGGAGAGAGGCAAGAUACAGAAGAGUAUUAUAAAAAGAUGGUUCAGGAAAAUCCUGGGAAUUCCUUGUUUUUAAGGAACUAUGCUCAGUUUCUCUAUCAGACAAAGGGCGAUCUUCAUGGAGCAGAAGAGUACUACUCGAGAGCUAUACUGGCCGAUCCUGAAGACGGCGAGAUUCUGUCACAAUAUGCAAAGUUGGUGUGGGAAUUACAUCAUGAUCUAGAUAGAGCUUCGAGCUACUUCGAAAGAGCAGUUCGAGCUUCUCCAGCAGAUAGCCAUGUACAUGCAGCAUAUGCUAGUUUCUUGUGGGAAACAGAGGAAGACGAAGAUGAAUGUAAUGCAGCAAGAGAUUUUGAUACCAUGUCACCUCAUUUCCAUGGAGGUGUAAUGGCUUCUACACAUGCAUAACUGCGUCAACUUGUGCAAAAACUGCAUUCAGAACAGAUUUGACGUCCUAGAGAGUUUUUCUUAGUGCUAUAGAAACGACCCUCGUUUCCAAAAAUGAAACUGGUCCAGCAAAAUUACCAUGAAUUGUGUAAAUCUAGGAACAUAACAUUGAGUGACUUGAAAAUUUAGUGUGUAAGCUAGUUAAAAUAAAUGUUUAUCUUUAUGUUCUA